AUGAAAGCCCUCGUCUAUACCGGCCACAACACCGUGGCCAUCCAAGACCGCCCAAAACCAACCCUUCUCUCUCCCACUGAUGCCAUUGUCCGCAUGCUCCACGCGUCUAUCUGCGGUUCUGAUCUUCAUAUCCUCAAAGGCGAUGUCCCGACUAUUCCUCCUCCGAGGGUCUUAGGCCAUGAAGGUGUGGGAGUCAUCGACUCUGUCGGAUCGGCUGUCCAAGGACUCAGCAAGGGUGAUCGCGUCCUCAUCGCGGCCAUCACAUCUUGUGGAUCAUGUCGUUUCUGCCAACGGGGAAUACCAGCUCAUUGUCUAUCUGGUGGAUGGCAGUUGGGGAAUAAAACCGACGGGACACAGGCGGAGUUCGUCCGUGUGCCACACGCGACGCUGUCGCUGUCCAAGUUACCAGCGAAUAUCGACCCUCGCGCGGCGGUUGCCAUUUCCGACGCGUUUCCAACAGGUCUAGAAUGCGGUGUCCUCAACUCGAAUGUCGAUAUAGGCAAGUCGGUUGUUAUCAUCGGGGCUGGACCGGUGGGGAUUGCGGCGAUGUUAUGUGCGUUGUUGUAUUCGCCUUCGCUGGUGGUGAUGGUCGAUCUGGACGAGUCUCGAUUACUGUUGGCGAAGGAGUUGGGGGCACAUGCGACUGUCAACUCGGGUGCAUCUGAUGCAGUGGAUACUCUGCUGAAGUUGACAGACGGACAAGGCUUCGAUUCUGUCAUCGAGGCAGUUGGGGUUCCUGCUACGUUUGAACUGAGUCAGGAGCUCGUCGCUGUUGGAGGUGCAAUCGCCAACGUUGGUGUACACGGGAAGAAGGUGGAUUUGCAUAUCGAGAAGCUGUGGGAUCGUAAUAUCAGCAUCAACAUGAAACUACUCAACGCAAAUACCAUAUCCAAAUUACUACGACUGGUAGAAUCAGGCAAACUCGACGUGUCGAAGAUGGUGACGCAUUCCUUCCCUUUUACUGAAGCAAGUAAUGCCUACGAAACGUUCCGAACAGCCUCUCAGCACAAUUGCCUCAAGGUGGCAAUCAGUUUUGAUCCUGAAGGGAAACAAUCGAUUGCAAAGAUAUAA